AAUACCGCGGUGCCUCCACAGCGUCUCUGACAGCCCCGGCGCCGGGACCAGCGAUCCUCGAUACCUCGCGCAAGCCGCCGCGGCCUCCACCGCGGCCCGAGUCCAGUUCCUCGCCUCGGCGCCCAUAUCCGGGGGCGGUCCGGCUCGCCGUCUCUGCGGAGGCCGCAUCUGGCGCGCAUCUGGAACCGCCCGGCCCGUCGCGCUGGAUCCCGCGCCCUCCCUGGCCCGGCCGCGCCGGGAGCCCUGCCCGGAGCUGGAGCCGCACUUGGAGCCGCGGGCCCGGGGCCCUGAGCCGCGCAGCCGGCGCAUGGUGAACUCGCUGAUAUUCGGAGAGAUGGCCUUGGCCUUCGGCUGCCCGCCGAGCGGUGCCGGGGGGACCUGCCCCGGCGCGAGUGGCGGCGGCGGGGCCGGGCCAGGGCCAUCGCCGGUGACGGCGGCGCUGCGGGACGACCUGGGCUCCAACAUCCACUUACUGAAGGGGCUCAACGUGCGCUUCCGCUGCUUCCUGGCCAAGGUGCACGAGCUGGAGCGGCGCAACCGGCUGCUGGAGAAGCAGCUGGAGCAGCAGCAGAGCGAGCGCGAGCGGAGGCUGCGCUACAAGACCUUCUCCCGCGAGCAGGCCGUGCAGACCGGGCCCGAGCUGCUGCAGCCACCCGCGCCCGGCGGCGGGCACGGCAGCGGCGCGGCGGCCGGAGCCAACGCCAACGCCGCGGCCCUGGGCGGCCUGCCCCCCUGCGGCGGCUCGCAGCCGCAGCACUACGGCCGCCUGCCCGGGACCAUCUGGAGCUACACGCAGGUGCGGCGCACGGGCGGCGGCGGCGUGGAGACCGUGCAGGGCCCCGGCGUGUCGUGGGUGCACCCCGACGGCGUGGGCGUGCAGAUCGACACCAUCACCCCCGAGAUCCGCGCGCUCUACAACGUGCUGGCCAAGGUGAAGCGCGAGCGCGACGAGUACAAACGGAGAUGGGAGGAGGAGCUCGCCAAGCGCAUGAACCUACAGACCAUGGUGGACACGCUGCAGGAGGCAGCGCAAGAGGCAGAAGCCAUCCAGGAGGAGAUGAGCGAGAAGAUUGAGCGUCUCAAGGCCGAGCUGGUGGUGUUUAAGGGGCUCAUGAGUGAUCCCAUGACAGACCUGGACACAAAGAUCCAAGAAAAGGCCAUGAAGGUGGACAUGGACAUCUGCCGCCGAAUCGAUAUCACGGCCAAGCUGUGCGAUGUCGCACAGCAGCGGAACUCGGAAGACGUGUCCAAGAUCUUCCAGGUGGUCCCCAAAAAGAAAGAGCGUAAGGUGGCUUCGGACGAUGACAUCUCUGAGCAGGACGGGGAGGUGAACCGGUUCUCGGAUGACGAGGUCGGCUCCAUGAACAUCACAGACGAGAUGAAACGCAUGUUUAACCAGCUGCGGGAGACCUUUGAUUUCGAUGAUGACUGUGACAGCCUGACGUGGGAGGAGAACGAAGACACACUUCUGCUUUGGGAGGACUUCACCAACUGCAAUCCGAGCAUUGACCUGCAGGGCGAGCAAGAGGAAAACCUGGGCAACUUGAUCCAUGAGACUGAAUCCUUCUUCAAGACGAGAGACAAGGAGUACCAGGAGACCAUAGGCCAGAUCGAGCUGGAGCUGGCCACGGCCAAGAGCGACAUGAACCGACACUUGCAUGAGUACAUGGAGAUGUGCAGCAUGAAGCGGGGCCUGGACGUGCAGAUGGAGACCUGCCGCCGGCUCAUCAAAGGCUCCGCAGACAGGAAUUCACCGUCCCCUAGCUCCAUGGCCAGCAGCGACUCAGGAAGUACAGACGAGAUCCAGGAUGAGUUUGAGCGGGAGGCGGAUGUGGAGCCCAUGGUCAGCUGAUGACUGAUGUCCCCCAGCCCGUGCCUGGUGGUCUUGGUGAUGGGGCCUCUGCCCGCCUCUCCCCACGGGGCCAGGAAGUGGGGCUCCAGCCCUCGCCACGCAGACUUCCUAUGCCCUCCCUUCUCUGGAGGCCCCAACGGACCGCUGCUUCCUUCCUUCCUUCCGCCCACCACCAACCAGUGCCCCUUCUCCAUCCACCCACCCAAGGAAUGGUGCUGUCAAUUUCUAUUGUUCUCCACAUUACAAAUGCAGACUUCUGUCCGGACGAUGCAGUGUUAACUGUGCCUUUUCCCUUAAGCUGAGCCACUUUGAGCUCCAAAGAAUUAUUCCUAGCAGGUGUUUUUAUACAAAACUCUAAGGUGAGGGUGCGGGGUGGGGGGGGCCCUGGCGUGGUACAAUGCCGUUUUCUACCCUCCCACCUGCUCCUCUGAUUGGCCAUAAGCUCUGCCCUCCCUCCUCUGCUGGAGUUGGACUUGGGAUGGCCCACCUCCCCCCAGGAAGGAGCUGUUUGCCUUUGCGAGCUUUCCAGGCCUGGGUGGGGGAAUUCCUGAGGUUUUUCACUUACUGAAAGAGAGAAAAGAUGGAAGGAGGGAGGGAAGACAAAUUUUUCUUUUCUUUCUGGAUCGAGUGGCAAAGCAGAGGGCCAAGGCACUGUGGGGGAAGGCGGAACCUCACUGUGUUUAAACUACUAUGCAAAAAACAAAACAAAACAAAAAGCAGCUUGCCUUAUACCAUUGUGGAAGGUAGGCCCUCUCCUAGAUCCCUGGUUUUCCCCUGGAGCUGGGAGGGAGGCAGAAGCUAGGGCGAUCUCUCUCGCAACCUCUGAGGGUGAGCACUGACUUGGGAGGGAGUUUGGUCAAGGUCGUUAGCGAGGCCUGGGCCCCGUAAGGCCCUCGGCCACAUGACUGCUUGCUUUCUUGGGACCUCUGUGGGUUGGGGUUGGGGAGCGGGUCUUUUAUUGCCCUGAUGACUUGAUGUUUUUCCCAGCCAACAGUAAGGGGUUAUAGAUCUGUAAUUUCUCUGUGAGAAAGUCUGGAGGGGGCCAGGCCUGGUAUCUACCCCCUCCACCUCGGAGCUGGGUCGGUACCGCCCGCCGCCAUCUUGGUUCUCCACUGUGCCGCAGUGGCCCACUCUUUGGCCACUGGCAGGCAUUGGGAAGGGAAGGGGAGGGAGCCAGCGGGGGCUGCUGGCAGAGAGGAGGUGGUGAGAGUAGGAGCUCGAGUAAGAACCGUCCUUGUUCUGCUCAUGGACAUAAGCUCACCUUUUUCCAUAAUUCCCUGAUUGAGCAGUUGGGGAGUUCAGCUGAGCCAUAUCUCCCCAGACUUGAGAGGGCCUGAGUCAAAAGGCACUGUGUGGCGGCCACCCCCAGAUCUCAGCUUGGAGCCAGCAGAGCCAGCUUUGCUCGUUUUUUAAAUUUCUUUUUGGACCCACUACUGUGGGUGUGAUUGCUGAUUUUUGUUUUGGUUGCCCCAGGAGCUCCCCCUGGAGGUCAGAGGAGCAAAAUGUGCCCAAGGCCCAGAGCUCCUUGCUACCCACUGCUUGUGUCUGCAGGCAGAGGGGGAAAUCUGGCCUUGUGUAGAUCAGGCCCCCUGUCUUUCCUCCCAGGGUACCAGUGAUCUGUAAGGACCUCCUCUCUCUUCUGUUUUCCCCCACCUGUUUUGCAGUCUUAAAAUCAUUGUACAUAAUAUUCAUAUUAUAUAAAUAUAUAUAUAUAUAUAUAUAUGGAGAGAGAGGAGAUUGUUAGUGAUUGUGUGUAAUUUUAUUUAUCAGAACUUGGUGGCCUUUAUUGUGAGUUUUUUCCUUUUUUGUUGUUGUUGUUGUGGAGGAACCUCCUGCUGUUUCCCUGUGAAAGUCUGGCUGAAAGUCUUCCAUUCCCAGAAUCUCUUAUUAGCCAAAUAGUCCCUUGUUGGGUACGUGGAGGGACGAGGUUUCGGAGGAGAGAUCACCCCUUCUCCUCCUCCUCACUGACCCUUGUUCUCAAGGUUACAGGGUUCAAACAUAUCAGAUUAUUAUUGUCGUUAUUGUUAUUGUUGUUUUAGUUUUAGUUUUAUUUUAACCAAAGGUUAUCAGAGCCAGUUGGGCUUGGACCUCAGCUGCUGAAAAGAUUUUCCGUUUCUGGGAGGCCGGGAAACUGGCCGCCUCUCUGGCCUCCUCUGCCCAGGGUGAGGGAGGCAUUGAAUGCCGUGGACAGAUAGGCAGAGUGGAGGCCUGCCCCAGGUUUUUCCUCAAGGUGGUGGGAGGGUGACAGACCUAUCUUUAGAGUUAAGGCAGUUAGGCAACAAUGUAAGUAUUUGGGGGUAACUAAGGUUACCAUGGUGAUUGCUGUCCAAUGGUAUUAUUUUUGCUUUCCCCCUUGGAUACAUAGGAUAUUUGUCUCUGGGGACUAGCGUACUCUGAAUUUAUCUGGGGAGUAUGGAAAUGGCAGGAGCCAGAGUCAGAUGCUGGCCAGAAAGAUCCGUCUUGCUGGUUUUCAAUAGCUGUUCUUGCUGGGGAGCAAGGACUUGGGGCUGUUGGAUGGGGGGACAGCAAGAGUGUUAGUGACCUGCCUUCAGGGUGCGGUCCUGGUUUUGGCCUGGCUGCCUCCCUCCCCACCAAGUUCUUUUUUGAGUUAGUUGCCAGUGGGCCCCGCUUGUACCCUUGCCAUGGGCCCACAGCUUGCCGAGAAAGACCCCAACGCUCGCUGGGGCAGCACCAGGUCCAGUUGGGAUGAACUGGUCCAUCCUUUGUAAAGAUGUAAAUACUGAAUUUUGGUUUUCUAUUUCUCAGCCCAGUGUCAUAUUGACAUUGGUAUUUUAGAAUUGGUCUCAGAUGGGCUCUCCUGUGCUGCCCUCUCUCACUCUCCUAUUUUGGGGGGGUUUAUAAAAAGAGAGGAUUGGGGAGGGACAGGGAGAAUAGCUUCCUUUGGGCUCCCUGUUUGUGGAACACACACACACACACACACACACACACACACACACUUCUCUGAGACUCUGAACAGGGAAAAAAAUGAUUGGCAAGUAAACACAUUUUGUUUUCUUGUGGCAGUAUGUCUAGAGGUCUCUGACAGGCCUGUCCAUCAUGGACUUAGCUCUAUGGAUGUAGCUCAGAUGACCUUUGGAGAAUCAAACCACUUUGGCUUGGGAUGGGGGAGAGGGUGUGGGGCAGGGGAUCAUGUAAGGUGUAACUUAAGCUAAAUGUAAUCUAUUUAUAAAGCAAGAGACUCUCAUCUAUUUUUAUGAAAGGAAAGUUUUUUUUUUAAAUCUAGGGUAGGCAGUUAUGGUAGCCCAGCAUUUUUCUGUGGACAGAUGCAUGUUGCUGCUGGAUUUAAUGUAAUCAGUACCCCUCACCUGUCUCCGCAUCCUCACCACCUACUCAUCCACACCCACGAGCGGCUUCAGCAGAGUGUAGGUCACCCCUCACCUCAUUUCCUUGUCCCUUGAUCCCCCAGCUCCUUGGUCCUUUGAAGUCCAGGGGGCUGGGCACUUGUGGGAGUGGGUGGGCAGUGGGGAAUUCAGAACGGAGGUGGGUGGUGGGAGGGAAAGGGGGCACUAGGUAGGGGACAAGCUCUGCUUCAGAGGGUGGGCUCCGAUUAGUUGCUCAAACUCUGGUCUGCCAAGAUCCAUUGCCAAGUCAGCUGUGUUUGGAGAGAGCUGAGAAGCAGUAGGGUGUGGGUGGCAAUGGGCUGUUGGUUCAUGGAGCCCACAGCUUCCUUGGGGCCUGGGCCUCAGUGGGUCCAAGGUUGUCAGGCAGCUGGAGCAGGAGUGCAAAUGCCAUGAGAUGCCUACAGCCCAGCCCUGGCUGUGCCAACCCCAGGCCAAGGCCUGGGAUGUAGUCCUUGCUGUGCUCUUCCAGGGACCUGGAUGAGGAACUAGGGUGCUGGGAGCUUCCUGGGUCCUCCACCUUGAGACACUAAGCUCUGGUUCUGGAAGGGCACUCUCCUAGAGUGGGGAGUCUGGAAGCAGCCAGGUGGGUGUCGGUAAAGGCAGAUUCUCCCUGGAAGGGAAUUUUCCAUGAGUGGAAGAUUUCCAGGCUCAGGGUGGGCUGCGUGUUAGUCUCAGGCUAAAUCCCUCACCAUUCCCUCUGCCAAGCCCUCAAAGAGAUGAGGCAAAGGCAACCCCACCCACAGACCCCUUCGUGGACAUUUUAGCAUCUACCUGAUUUUUAGCCCCAUCCAGGGAGACUUUCUAUUCCGAAGUCCCAUCCCACCCCACUGUUGCUGUUUGUCUGCCAGCUGGGUCUAGCAUCAAGGGGAAGGGGGGGUUUAUAUUCAUUGAAAGACUACUGAUCCUACCGGAAACCAACCUGUUUACUGUACUGUUGUAAAUAUCAUGCCCUUUAUAUCCUGUAUAUUGGCUUCUUUUAAAUAAAGUGAAAUGUC